AUUAAGUCAUUCUCUCUCCACAAACCUCUUUCUUUCACAGUAGCCAAAAAAUACCUCUCUUCCUCGCAAAGUUGUUUCUCUUCAGCUCUCUCUUUCUUCUCUGAUCACCCAUCGCCUCUUCCGUGUCGUCGCCGCUGGAGUCUCCCCCUCUCUACAUUUUCUUCUUUGACGGGGAUAAUAAUAAUGGUUGUCGUGUUUUGGCGCCGGAGUUGGGAGUAGUUCAAGCUUUGUUUUUAGAUUUUUGUGGGUUUGUUUCUCUGCCGCUUAAACUCCUCUCUUGCAAUGUUUGUUCAAAGAUGAAACGGUUAUGGCAGUUAUAAGUUUGUUUCAAAUCAAUUAUGAAACAGGUGUGACAGUUGUAAAAUUGUUAACUAAUUUAUUUAAUUUUUUUUUUCUUUCAAUUUUAAUCAUAGAAUGAAGUUGAAGAAGUUAGUUAAUCAUAUCAUCAUCACCGUUGUUUUUUUCAUAUUUGAUGAUCAAAUCACGACCGUCGUAGAAAUGAGGAAAUUUUUGGUUCUUUAUAUAUACAACAAACUCUACUCUGUUUUGAAAGUAAAAAAAACACAUUUUGAUUCACCUGAAAUUCUCAUACACACUCUCUCUCUCUCUCUCUCCCCCCUCAUCUCUCUUUCUCUCUCUUUUUUUCAACAAUUUCGUUUCAUCAAAACAAUCAACAAUGGCUGCUGAGAGCCAGAAACAGAGACCAGAAGAAGUGAAAUCAUCAGCAGAGGAUCCAUCUCUCCUAUGUAGUUUCAUCAACAUUUUCAAGGUUAAGGAACAAGCAGCAACGGAGGAAUCAAAAGAAGUAGAAGAAAAGAAGCAAGAAAAACCAAAUGCUGAAGGAAAACAAGCAGCAACAACAAUGACAGCAUCUUCAAAGAAUGUUAAACUGAGUCAAAAGAAAGAUCAGAAAGAGCAGAAGCAGAACAAGAAUCAAAAGGUUGAAGAUGUUGUUCAGAUUGAAGACCAACAGAAAGAGCAUAACAACAAGAAAGAUGGAGAUGAAAAGAAAUCAUCAGGGGAAUGUGAAACUUCGCAGAAUCAAGAAAAUGAAAGUGAAGAUGCUGAAACAAAGGUUGAUGCUGAAACAAAGGUUGAUUCUGAAACAAAGGUUGAUGCUGAGAAAGGAAUGGAGAAACCUACAAAAUUCAAUUUUGAUUUUGCUGUGAGCUAUGGCUCACAUGGGUCAUCAAUUAUACCCUAACCAAAUCAAAGUGAAAGCACCAUAUUUGUUGGUAUGCAGCAGAAAAACCUCAGCAUGAUCGCCACCAUGUCAAAGAAUAAAAGCAAUACAAGUAACUCUCAUGAACAAGUGGAAGAUUUUGAAUGGCUGAACCCUAACACUCUUGAAAAGUUUGCUCCCGUGGUUCUUGCAUGUGGCUGUGUGAUUGCUACAACCAUAUCUGUUGGGCUGAUGAUAGGAUUCUUGAAGGUCAUAUCAAAGGGGUAGUGGCACGUAGUGAUUUUGGGAUUUGGGUAGGUCAUGUUGAAAUGUUGAAGGAUAGUGGCAGCCUGGCAGGUAGUGAUUUUGGGAUUUGUGUAGGUCAUAUUGGAUAGUAGCAGAAAGUAAUUGUGGGAUUUUUUGUAAAUGUGUUUUUACACAUUCUUUUAGUUUACUACAAUUUAGAAAAAUUUUGUUUUUUCUGUUUUUUUGUUCUUUGAAUCUGUAAUUCUUGAUAAAUAAAUGUGAGAUAUUGAA